AUGGCUGUAACCUUACAGAAGAUUCUCGUGGCAUUCUGUCUGUGUGUUCUGAUUUGUGCCUCUGUUUCACAUGGAUAUGGAAUGUACGGCAGAUACGGCAGAUACGGCAGAUAUGGAGGACCAGGCUUUAAUCCCAACGGCCGUCUCACACAGUACUGUGGCUUGUUUACCUGGGAGAAGAUAGAUGAGGGAUAUGGAGCAUGUAACAUGAAGGUCCUCAAAGAAGUAUAUGACAAGGAUAAGGAUCUUUACCACGACGGGUACAUGAGGCAACUCUUCAGACGUGCACGACAUGGGAUGUUGUGCUAUGCCGAAGGUCCCCGCGUCGUGAACGUGAGAGGAGCUUGUGAUGCUAUGGAACUUGCCUGUCGCCCCUACGCCCCCAGAACCGUUGACAACUGCUGGAGUAUAAGGGUAGCUCCACCUCCACCCAACCCGCCACCCGCCGGUCCCGCAGCGACUCCCCAACCGAACCCGCCUGCCGCUGGCCCAGGAGGCUGGGGAAUCUAA